CUUUAAAAAUGUCCACCGAUAUCAAUGUAAUUGGAUCUCAUAGAGUGAAGAGUGUUAUUACUGGGGAGUCAACAGAAAUGAGGAGCUUCUGGCAAAAUCAGAAUGUGGUCAUCAUUUUCUUCCGUCGCUGGGGCUGCAUGCUCUGCAGAUUGUGGGCGAAAGAGCUGGGUGAAAUAGCAUCAGUGCUGGAGAACAAUAACAUUAAGUUGAUAGGCAUCGGUGUCGAAGAAGAUGGCUGCAAGGAGUUUGUCGAACGGAAAUUCUUUGAUGGAGAUCUUUACUACGUGGAAGACAUAUCCACGUACCAAGCACUUCACUUCAAGAGGUUCAACGUGGUCACAAUCAUCACAUCACUUUUCUGGAAACAGUCCAGAGAAGCUGUGUUCAAAGGCCGAGAUAUGGGACUCGGUGGGGAUUUGAGAGGUGAUUGGGUGCAAGUCGGCGGCGCGUUGCUGGUCGAAAAAGGCGGGAAAUUGCUCCAGCAUUUUGUUCAGCAUGGACCCGGGGAUCACUUGCCUAAUCUCGAGAUUUUGAAGCAUUUCGGAUUGGAGAAUGAAUACAGACCAGAGACAAUGACAAAUAAAAAUCGUCAGGACUCGCUGUGCACCACAGACGCGUCGUAAGACCUGGAUGAUGCUACUAGAGCGGCACUCACUCGCACCCAUACAUACAGUAUGGACCGAGCGGCGAUGUAAUAGUAAGGUGUGAUAUUCAAUCCAUUGACCCUUCUCUACGGUGUUUAAAAUAUUCGGUCGAACGCAGCCGUCGAUGGACAGACUGCAAUGAGAAAUUCUCAAUGAUUACGAAAUAAAGGAUUUAAAGAAAGUUUUAUACAAAUCUCAGUGUUUGUUAUCGAACUGCUGCCAUUACGGCUAUCUCAGUGUCAUUGAACUCCUCGGGAAUGGCUUGACCUAUUUUUAUGUUUUCUUUUGGAGUAUAUUUGCUAGGUCUGAGAAUAAGUUGUAGGCUAUUAUUGAUACCCUAAGGUAAUAACGGUGGUCCUAUUCAGAUAUUUCUAAAAUAUCCCGCACAACCACAUUGUGGAAUCACCUUCCAGUAAAGGUAUUUCCGAACCGAUACAGUAUUGAAACCUUCGAAAAAAAAAAAGAGUUUAUUACUUUUUAAAACUUACUUGCAAUUCCCUUGGUGUUGCGGUUGAGAUAAGGUUUUAGAUAAGGCAGUGGAACUACAGGGUACGAGGCAUGACAUCUUAGUCCUCCGGAAUGGCAACGCUAGAGUAGUAUCACGGACAUGGUAACGUGAUAUCCAUGGUGCUGUUCAUGUACAUAGACGACGGUUAUCAUUUAUAGUGUUUUGUUUGUUUGCCACAUCAAUUACAUAAAAAAGUGCCUUUACUAUAAGAAAGUAUAUCAAAGUACUAUUUCCUAUGAUUGUAUCUAUUGCCCUAAGGUUGCCUUGAAAAGUUUGAUUUCAGAAAUAGGUUCGUCUUGUUGUAUUUGUACACAUAUGUUUAGUUUUCUGAUUAAUUGUACUUAUUAUUAUCAUUAACAUUGUAUAAUGUAGAUAAAGCAUAUGCUAUCUAUCUAUCUAUUUACCAAAUCACAGGGUACGACACACUUGUUCUUAAGAAUGGCAACGCUUUAGGGGUACCACUGGCAUCACAUGAUGACGUGAUAUCCGUUGUGCUGAUCAUGUAUAUAGGUGACGGAUUGCCUCUUUCAAACAGGGCGGCCAUUCCACCAUUCUAAUUUUUUUAUACUACAACGAUGGCAAACAAGCAUGCGGCCCAUCUGGUGGUUAACGGUUAUCAUAACCUAUGGACCUAGUUCAGGGCAUGCAAUGUUAUACCCCUCGUGUUUCAGGCAUCUAUAGGCUACGGUAAUCGUUCACUAUCAGAUGGGCCGUAUGCUUGAUUGCUAUUGGUACACCGCUACAAUGUACAGUUCAUUUUAUGUAAAAUAAAAAUUACAGUAUCAAUGGAUCGAAUAUUACAAAUGUAAUUCACACAUCUAUGUAAUAAUGCACGGAUUGG